CUCGCUCCGCACACCCCUCCCCCCCCCGGCGGCGCGUGGCGCGCCCCGCUCUAGGCAAGGCGCCCGCCGGGCCGUACCAACGUGGCUGCCGCGCCCGCCGGGCCGUACCAACGCGGCCAUGGCCAUGCCCGCGGAGGCGGCCCGGGGUGUCCUGGGCUCCCUCCUGCGGGACUUCCCGUCCCCGCUGGGCCCGGAGGAUCCCCUGCCCUGGAGCGCGCAGGGCAGCGCCGCCCUCAGCAGGGCCGAGGCGCCGGGGGAGCUGGCCGAGCUGGCCAGGCGCUUCCUGGGCGGCAGGGAUGCACCGCCUCUUCUUGCAUCAUCUUUGAUCCACGCUGCAAUUGAUGAGGUGCUACAGACUGAUCUUUCUGUUUUUAAGAAGCAGAGUGUGGAAGGGGAGGAAGAAGGAGACCAGGGGAAGUUCACCUUGCUGGAUGGAGGCUCUUUGCAGCGCUGCUUCUUUAAUAAGCUGCGAGACAUCUGCUGUGAAUGGCAGAAGCAACUGCCAUCCCUGAAGUCACUGAAGCGCUUCCUGAUUAUUUCCAGCCAUGCCAUCCGCAACGUCCGCCGGAAAAUGGAGGACAGACAUGUUUCUCUCCCAGAAUUCAAUCAGCUCUUCGGCUUGUCGGAUGACGUUGAUCGAGCAUACUUUGCUGUAUUUGAUGGCCAUGGUGGAGUGGAUGCCGCCAAUUAUGCAGCAACUCAUUUGCACGUAAAUGUUGCAUUACACAAGGAGAUUCUUAAGAACCCAACUGAGGCCUUGAAAGGCUCUUUCCAGCAAACUGAUGAAAUGUUCCUUUUCAAAGCUGAAAGAGAGAGGCUGCGGAGUGGUACAACAGGUGUAUCUGCCUUAAUUGUAGGGAACAGGUUACACAUAGCCUGGGUUGGAGACUCCCAGGUAAUGUUGGUGCAGCAGGGAAAAGCUGUGACCCUGAUGGAACCUCACAAACCUGAAAGAGAAGAUGAGAGAAUGCGUAUAGAAGCUCUAGGUGGCUGUGUGACCUACAUGGACUGCUGGAGGGUCAAUGGAACCCUUGCUGUUUCCAGGGCUAUUGCUCCUCAUCUAGAAAGGAAGAAUUUUCUUCCUUUGGAACCAGCAUCAAAGUUUUUGUGUGACUCAGACAAUAAACUCCACCUGAAUUGUUGGCUCGGUGCAGAUGCCCUGUAUAAUUUUGUCCAGUCUGAUUCAAAUUCCUCUGGAAAAAUACAGAUCUGUGGUCUGAUGCUGCAAAUAAGCCUAUGGCAUUGGGAACAUAGGAAAUGCCAUACAGAGUAUACAGAACUAGAUGACCCACUGGUUUGAUGUUGCUGACGUUGGCCAGUACCAGAUGCUUCAGAGGACGACUUUAAUCUCCUAUUGUGCCAUAACCUGCCAAUAGAGGAUGCUUCAUCUUAAAUCCAGACAGUUAGAGCUGCUUGUGCCUGUAGUAUGGGGGUUUAUAUUACUUAACUUCUAUCCUUGUCUGGGACAUGCCUUGCUAUCACCCUGCCUGGAGAGGAAUCACACUUGUUUCCAACCAUUUUACACUGGUUUGAAAGGAGAAUUAUUUGCCUCCUCAGUUCUUCCUUUGUUCCCCACCCCAAGUGAACAAAAAAGAAAGACAAUCUGAUACCUAUACUUUGUACUUUGAGUGACUGAUCAAACUUCUCAUCCAAGACAUUUCUCCAGUGUUAGGUAUAUAAUAUAAUGUAAGCACAGUAUCAGACAUCUCGCAGUAAUAUUAGACUUUUGUAACCAUUUGUAUUGAUUGAAAAUGCACACAAUUAUGAUCAGUAUUAAAAUAGUUUUUGAGUACACAACUAUUGCUUUAUUCUAGCAACCUCCUCUCAGCAUGUUGGCUAAUGAACCUUGGAUGAAAACAAGAAGGGCCGAUUAUUCGAAAUAAGGGAUCUGUUGUGUCAUUUAAACAUAGUCCUCGCUUAUUUAUCUUGACUGUUACUGUGCACUUGCAAUUCUGAGCAGAGAGGCUGCGAUACAGCAGGUUUUGUAAGCUGUGGCUUAAGCAGUUAUCCAGUAUUUUAAGACUUUCUUUCCUAUUUAGGCUGACUGGUUACUUGUGCAUGAGCUGUAAACCUGUUAUUAAACAUGCUAUGUAUAUUGUAUAUUCACUGAUGUGCUUGUGUGUGUUGAGUUAGGAUGCUACAUUGCCUUAUAUAUUUAAGUGUAUUGCAUGAAGUUUAAUUGUUUUUAUAUUGUCACUUUUGUAUUCACAUAGUGCCUCAAGUAUCUAUUUGCUUAUUGUAAGCAAUGUACAUUGUUUCAAAACAGUGAUUGAGUAGCAAAGGGAGUAGGGGCAAGAGAUUCCGUUACUGUAGGACGUGUUUUGAAGUGUUAAUAAAUUGCAAGGAUCCAAA